GGACUUCCGGAGUUUGGAAUGGUUCCUUCAUUGCCGCUCGAUGUUCUUGUCCACAUCCUCUACCAGAUUCCUCCUUCCCGGGACCUUGACAGUAUUUCUGUCAGAACUCUUGUUCAAUGUUCCUUGACGAAUACGCUCUUCCGAGAAGCCGCGGCUAUACCGGCUCUUUGGCAACAGCAUUAUCAAGUCCGAUAUAUUCACGCUAAUGAGGCAUCUGAGGGCCAGAGGAAGGCAGAGACUAAUGGAAACUGGAAGUUGAUGUAUGCUGCGCGAAGGAUGGUUGAUAUGGAGGUGCUCAAACACCUUGAUUCAAUCGUUAUGAAGAGGGUGGGGAGGUAUGAUCAUGCAAGCGCCUUAACAAAAUUCCUUUUCGAUGCUUGGGAUGUGCUGGAAAUUGAAAUUGGCACGGUAGAUCCUAGCGAGCAUCUGGAAAUACAUGAAGUUGGGGUGGCACAUUCGCUGUCGGCUACUCGCGUUUACUGGGCUUCAGAACUGUUGACUUCUAUUGGCCGAACGCACGCCGUAGGGCUUUGGAGCAGCCUUCGAUCAGACAACAACUCCGUAUCUUUUGUACAAGCCUUCUCCUCCAUAUCUUGCUUCUUUGGUAAACAUCCGGAUGAGAUACACCUUCUGCUAUCUAGUCUUAACUAUCGGUGCAAAGACCAUCUCUCCCGCUUGAACAUUCCUUUUUCCCAAGCAGAUCCAAAAUAUGACCUCAAGGAGCUCUGUAUGCACAUUUGCGAUUUCAUGACUACUGAGGGAUACAGAACCGUCGAUCCUCCCAACUUUCACGACCUUCACAACCUGUUACCACACUUCUACCUAACGUCGCACAAACGCUCAAUUCCACUUUCCCUUGUCCACAUUUUUGUCUCGAUUGCACAGUCCCUUGGUAUCGCUGCAUUCCCCUUCAGACUUCCGUUGCACGUUUUGGUGCACAUCACCGUACCUGACCCCGAGGUCGAUGAUUUCUUCGUAGACGUGUUUGGAGUACCAACCAUUAUUAAUCUACGGGACGACAUUCCUGCGAUCCUGGAACGUCAAGGGAUUCAUGGUAAUAGCCUGAUGCACUAUCUAUCACCAAGCAAUACAACUACCAUGCUCCUCAGGAACGGUCGCUUCAUACUAUCGUCGUUAAAUCUUCAACGUACCUCCCCUUCGCUCGAACUAUCUUCAACACUUUUAGCAUUUACUUUAUUCCUGGUGUUGACUGGUACUAGCCAGAGCGUUCCCCAUCUAAUGUCUCAAACUGACCCAUUGGAUUGUGCUACAUUUAUUACUGAGGUACUCAUUCCUAGCCUGAGCAACGUCCGUGAAGUCCAGAAUGACCUUCGUCAAGCAUCUCAACAGAGUCUCGAGGAAGAGGCGCUUACCGCACAGGAAGUCAGACUCAGAACUCCUAAUACAACUGUACGUUAUUUCGUAGGUAUGCUUUUCGAGCAUAGAAGUCUCCGCUAUACGGCCUUGAUCACUGGCUGGGAUCCCGUAAUGUCAAAAAGCUGGAUUAGGGAGACGGAAAUAUCAGAUCUUCCAAGAGGCCGUGAUCAACCAUGUUACCAUGUUUUAUGCAUGGAUAACUCUUCACGAUAUGUUGCUGAAGACAAUAUCAAACCUUUGCUCUCUGCAUCAGAUGAGCUUCUGUUGCAAAUGUGUCAAGGCAUCCGCAUCCUACCAAAGUUAUUUACUGGGGUGCUCAUGAAGACAACAACGAGAAGUAGCAAUGUCCGGGAUGCACCAGUCCAAUAUCGCAGGGCAAGGUUUGUGCUCAGUCCAGAGCUUGCCACAGCGUAUCCAGAAGAUGAUACAAUGGGAGAUGCAUGGCUAGGUGGAGGAGAAUCGGUAUAUACAUGGUUAGCUGGAAAAGAGUUGGUGUUGGCAGCAAAGUAAUUUGUAAUUACUUCACAUGUCGAUGUGGAAAAGUUAGAGUUGGUCGAACAACCACUAAGCUGACGAAUGUCGGUUCUGACGGGCCCGUUAAAUCUCAGCCAUAUCAGAAUAAGUAUUAAUCUUGAUCUCUUUUUAUCGUUGUGUUGCAAACAUAUCGACCACUGUUCGAAGU